AAUUUCUGAAUGUAAUGUGAAAUAUUGGAAGCACCCUUUAGAUUAUGUAGUUCACAUAGGAACAAAAAAACGCUUAGUUGUUUCUUCCCGGAAAGUAGAUGAAUCGUACCAGGGAAUUAUAUGUUUGAAAACUACAGUAUUUUAGUGGGGCAAACAGUACACACGUCGUGCCUUAUUUUUGUUGGAAGUUGAGAUGCAACGGAGUAGCGUAAUGUAAAUGUUUGUAAAACGAGUAUGAAAGCCGCUCCGGAUCUAUUUUGAAAUGACUGGGAUUUUGCGGAUGAUUCACAGUGGAUUUCUAAAAGUUCUGCUGUUCCCCAGCACGUUUGGACGUAAAGGAUCUCGUCCCGCUGCCUCUGAAGUGUUAACAUGCCAUCUGACACAGCGCGCGCUCCCUCCCUGGACUUCAUUCUGCGUGCGCUAUCGUGACGUCAUCAACGACCAGUUUGGUCUGUCUCAUUUCAACUGGCAGGUGCAGGGAGCGAACUACCACAUCCUCAGGACGGGUGCUUUCCCUUUUAUUAAAUACCACUGCACCAAAGCACCCCUGCACAACCUGCAGUUUGAGAAUAGUUUUUUUGGGGCGCUUAAAGUCAUCAAUCUAGGUAUUCCAUGUUUGGCUUACGGCUUGGGCUCUUGGAUGGUGGCUAGAGUGACAGAGACAGUACAAACAUCUGCAGGCCCUGUCACUGUUUACUUUGCAUAUAAGGAGGUUGAAGGUGCUCAGUACUAAUAUUAGAGACUCUGACUUGCCUAAUAUUCUGUCUGAACUUCUGUCUGAAUUCUGUUGACUUUGUUUGCACUGGCAAGUAUUUAUGAUGUUAAAAUAUUGCAUUUCCGGAAACUAAUGGAAAUGGAAAAGUGUUAAGAUAGAAUGGAUAGUGCACUUUUUUCAUGCAUAAUAAAGGUAUUUAUUUUAA